AUGAACGUCCUCCGAAACAUCUUCGGCGUGUGCUCGAGUGGGGGAAGUGGGGGGGAGAAGUCGGAGGUGACGGAGCUGGUGCGCCGCGUCUUCGGCCCCGAGAUGGUCAUCAAGGAGACAGAUAAACAAAACCAAAGGAGCAGAUACAUAAGUCACAUCAGAGAACAUUUGCCCAAAAUUAUUGAUGCCAAGAUUAGUAGUCAGAAGCCGAAAUUGAAGAAGAAAACAUCGAGCUCAGCUGGGACGACGGAAGGAACAGACGAACAGUCAGGAAGAAUUGGACAUAGAGUCGUAAUAUUUGAUGCCUUUACUGGGUCAGGGCGGCUGGUGCUGGCCGGCGACGAGCGUGUGAGCGUGCAGGGCCUGUCCAGCUUCUCCACCGUCAAGGCCACCGCCUGCGCCUGCGCCGGCAACUGGAUGUUCGAGGUCCACCUCGGCACGAAGGGCAUUAUGCAGAUCGGUUGGUGCUCCUCAUCCUGCUCGUUCACGCUGGACACGGGCGUGGGGGACACGGCGCACUCGUACUCGUACGACGGCUGUCGCCAGCGCAAGUGGAACGUCGCCACGUCGCCGUACGGCACGCGCUGGGCGGCCGGCGAUGUCAUCGGCUCCUGUCUGGACCUGGACCACGAGACGUUGGAGUUUUACAGGAAUGGUGUAUCCCUGGGGCCAGCUUUCGAGGGUAUACCGAGGGGCGCGGGGCUGGCGUACUUCCCCGCGGUGUCGCUCGCCAUGCACGAACAUCUCUACGCCAACUUCGGACAUGUGCCUUUCGUGUACCCAGUGGAGGGUUUCUCCCCACUGCAGGCAGCACCUACGCGGGAGUGCGCGCGCGCAGCUCUGCUGUUCCGCUCGUUGGAGCUGAUCAUUGACGAGCUCAACAAGAUGGCCGAUACCAAUGUGCCGACUGAUAAUAAGUCGUGCGACUCGGGGUCCGAGGAGGAACAAACGCUUCGGCUUCACGGAUCCGAUUCCUUCCGUACCGCGCGAGCCUCGCCGGUCGAUGUUAAUACCGCUAAUGAUACCAACAAAAUAUCCAAAAAGGCGUUCCUUAUAUCUCUAGCGCGUAUAGUGGUGACAGAACUGGGUACCACCAUGCGUCUGCCGUACGUGGUGGUGGGGGAGCUGCUGCCCCGGCUGCGGGCGUACGUGGGGCUGGACGGAAAAAUCCCACCCGUACAGACCGCGAGGGACUUCUACUUGAAGGCGAAGAAGGAUGAUUUUCUCCACCUAGCUCAGAAGCUACAGCAUCAGCCGCACACACGUCUGUGCUCGCUGCUGGGGCUGAUGUGGACGUUCCUGGAGGAGGCGCAGCUGUGCGACAUCCUGGAGCACUGCGUCGUCAGACUGUGUCUGCUGUAUGAGAUGGUGUCGCCGGAUAUGAGUUUUGAUAGCCACAUAGAGAUAGUGUAUCUACUGUGCGGGAUGAUGCAGCAUCGCCAGACCAGACAUAACCUCGUCAAAUAUGUACUCUUCGGCAAGAUCAAAUUUGACAACUUUCUGACCAUAAAAAGCCCGGACGAGGGCGUCCUGCGCGCGGCGCUCCGCCGGCCGUGGUGGCAAAAACCCACGCCAGUGCAGGGGGAGAGGGACCCCAAGAUAGCUGAAUGUGAAGACCCCAGUAAGUGUAAUUCAGAGGAAGAUGCUAAACUGGAGAGUCAGUACAAGGCGGAUUGUGACAAUAUCACUAAAACCAUCGCACCGCUGGAGAAUAUGCAACUGGAGUACAUGUUGAUGUUGCUGGACAACUCUGACGCCAGCAACAUCGUCCCCUCCACGCGCAAGAUCUUCGUGGAGAAGUUCAAGAGAUACAUCCUCGACAACUGUAUCCUUGAUAUGCGGCUGUUCAACAUAUCACGCAGCACGACGGAGACGUUCUGGUGGUGUCACGCGCGUCUUCUCGCCGCCGUGCUGCGACUGUGGCAGCAGGAAGCUGACCAGCGCUCUGUCCCCCACAUCCCGGCGCUGGCGGUGGUGGACGGCGAGCUGGACUUCUACAACGUGGACCGGCUGGGCGGCGUGCUGCCCUACCUCGUCAGGACGCUCCGCCAGGACCUGGUGAAUAUACUCGGGGAGGAGAGCGCGUUCAUACAGAGCUUCGAGCCCACAUACAACAGGGGCGGCGGUAUUGAUACUGGUGUGACGACGGAGUCUCUGGGUCUGGCGACGCUGCCGCAGGUCAUCUCGUCCAUGGCGCGCUUCAUGCAGGCCGCCGCCCCCGCAGCCGCAGCCGCUUCCCAGAACAGGCCGACGGUAGAGACAGCGCUGGGUCUGAAACUGACGCGGUCGGUGAUGCCGGGCGCCGGCGUCGUGCCCGCCCGCGCCGCCCUCGUGCGACUCACUGACGGCCUGUUCGCGCUGUAUCACGCCAAUGCUGUUAAAUACGCUGAGAAGUUAUGCGAGCUGCGAGACAAUCAGCUGGACAUGGCGGACUGUCUGCACGACAUACAGCAGCGCAUGGACUUGAUGACUGCUGAGCUCGCCGCCUGCAAAGACAAAAUCAGCUUGACUGAAGAACAACAAUGUAAGAAACAUUUGAUGGAACAUAUUUUGAUGGAAUUGGGACGGUCCAGGAAUAUUUAUCUGAAGGAGCUAGAAACAGGAGCAGUAGCGAUGUCGUGGGUGCGGGGCGCGGUGUGGACGCGACAGAGACAGAGCGAUAUCGCGCGCCUGCUCGCCGGCGCGCUGCACACGCUGCGGAUGCUGUCUGAUGCCGACUACGCUGCGCAAGUGCAGGGCGGCAGCAGAGAGGUGUUGGGCGGCAAGAGCUCGGUGCUGGACGACGACAGCUACUCGUCGCUGCAGCUCGACUACACCUCCAGCUCAGACCAAAGCCCCGUGACGCCCACAUCACACGCCACUACGCCGCGUGUGUCUUUCCAAUCGGUGGCAGGUUCCGCGCCGACCAGUAAUGCGGAGUUGUCGGAGGCGCUGUUCGCGUUCACGCCGGAGUACCACGUGGACGCGGCGCUGGAGCUGUGCAACACGCUGCGCCUGUACAUGCACCCCACCGUGCCCACGCAUCAGCUGCCAGACUGGGAGGAGCUGGUGACGUCGUGCGCGACGUUCCUGUGCGGCGAGCUGGGCGACGCGCGCGUGGUGCUGGCGAGCACGCGCGAGGCGCUCGUGCAGACGCUCGCCUCCUUCGCCACGCAGCGACCCACCAUGCGGGCGAUAGAACGCGUGCCGGUCAAGCAACAGAUGAAGAUGAUAGAGGAGCUGAUGCGUCCGUACCAGAACCGCGCGUGGGCGCAGUCCAACUGGGUGCUGGUGCGGUUCUGGCACGGCUCCGGCUUCGGCUUCCGACACCGGCAGUGGCCGCACUUGGCCGCCAGGUACGGCGACAGAGAGCCCACCGUCAACAACCUGGGCGCUAAAGUGGACGCGGGACUGAUGAGUCAGUGUUUUGGCCCGUGUCCGUCGGAAGUGAUCCAGGGCCGCGUCCGUCAGUACCUGGUGGAGCAGCCGCAGCGGGCGGCGCUGUUCCUCAACACGCUGCUCAACCAGCUCAACUGGGCCUUCUCAGAGUUCUACACCAUGAUGCAGGAGAUAGACCGCGUAGCCCAGGACUCGCAGCUUGAGUCCCGGCAAAUCAAGCUAUGUUCCACCUGCUUCGACCUGUACCACGGGCUGGCGCGCGCGCUGGAGAUGACCUUGUGCCUGAUGCCGCAGCUGCUCACCUCGCCAGAAGCCAGCGAUGGCCAAAAUGAGCUGCUCAUUGGCAGGACCUGUCAGGUAGUAAUGGCGGUGGUGUCACGCGUGUGGUCGCGCGGGGGCGGCGGCGCGGCGUUCCGGCGUCUGGCGGCGCGCGGGCUGCCCGACACGGACCGCGUGCACCACUAUGUCGCGCUGGCACCUAUAGCGGGCUGCCUGCUGCGGGCGCUGGACCCUCAAUUGCCUAAAGAGCAUUUGAAUAAGGUCGCAAACGCUCUGGUCUCGGAGCCGCUGUUCCGCAUCGAGGGUCUGGAGUUCAUGUUGGGAAGAGGAAAAGACAAAACCUUUUCCUUCUAUAAUUAUCCGGACGACGUGACGUCAGAUGAGCUAGCGGCUCUCUGCGACGUGGUGGAGCGGCUCCGGGCUGCGCACGAGGCUCGGGCGAAUUCCCCGGGCUCCAGCGCGCAGUCGGAGCUGCUGUGUACGAUCUGCUACGCGCGCGUGGCCGACACCGCCUUCGAGCCGUGCGGACAUCAGUCUUGUAGGACGUGCAUUAUGCAGCAGCUGCUCAGCACCAAGCAGUGCUUCUUCUGCAAGACGGAGGUCGAGUCUGUGCGCGACAUUGAGCCGAAUAAUUGAUAGAUUCAUUCAUAGAUUCAUACUCUCCACUUCGUAGAGUUGUAAAUGAGGAGCUUAUUCCGUGCACCGAGAAUAAAUGCAUUGUGUUGUUGCUGAAAAUAGAGAUAACGAUGCAGAUAUUGCAUUAGCAUGCUAU